AUGUGCAAUGGUAGCGAGAAAUGCAUCGAAACUGCAAAUAAACCAUCGUACACCACGAAUAAAUACAUGAAGCUAAGAAAUUACAUACAACAGCAUCAGGCGUUGAUUAAAUUUUGCAAAAGACUAGAGGAUGUAUUCAGCUCAAUUGUGCUUGGACAAGUGUUACUGUUCAGCUUAAUAAUCUGCCUCGAUGGAUACUUGGUGCUCAUGGAAAGCGCUCCACGUUCGAGGCGUAUUAUUUUCGCGUUUCACAUAUCCAGCUGCAUGUACCAAUUGCUAAUGUUCACCUACAAUUGCGAUUGUUUGAUAAGAGACAGUAAGGACGUGGCCACCGCUGUGUAUACAAGCGCGUGGUCGCUGUUACCAAUGGACAAGUAUGGAAGAAUGUUAAGAAGGGACUUGACACUCGUGGUUAUGAGAUCUCAAAAACCUUGCCGUUUGACAGCAAAUGGAUUCUUUGUUGUGUCUUUAGAAACGUAUACUAAUAUUUUGAGUACAGCGGUAUCGUACUUCACAUUGUUGACGAACACUACUGGGAAUGCGCAACUGAAGUGA